CGUUUCGGUGAUCACGGUCCAAGUUCCCGUGGUUCAAGCUCAGUUUCUGCUCGCGUAUCGACGAGCGAACAUUGGACGUUUUGGAUGCGUGGUUAUUUUGUGUUUUCGUAAUGUGACAUUUCUCCAGUGAAAUCAAGCAAAAAUGCAAUCGAAACAACUACUGAUACAAUGCGUCUGGAUUGCAUCGGUGCUCGUACUGGCCGCCGCAAGGAUACACAAACUCGAAAUACGGAAAGACACGAGACGUUACAUAGCCCUUAGCACCUUUGGCUUUUAUAAGGGUGGUAUGCUCGAUGUAAAUCUAACGAAUUUCAAGGCUGAGCCCCUCGACGAGAAUGCCGUGUUUGGAUUCAGUUUGGAUCGUACGCUAAGCGAUGCGAUGAAUCCGUAUUUAGAUAGUCACCAAGAGAGAUGCGUACUGCAAGAUGCUACGAACGCGAAGACCGAUCUCGAGCAGAGGGACGACAGCAGCGCGGUCGUAUAUUUCACGAUGGACUUGAAAAACUCUUUCUUGAAAGUUAACUGCAAUCGGAACGUUCGCACCGUGCACAUCUACAAGGAUUCUGGUAGCGUGAUCAUUUUUCCACGAAGAAAACGGUACACCUCGCACGGUGUCGAAAGGUCCGUUAACGAGGACGAAUUCGAGUCGAGAUCGGAAGCUAGCGGAUGCUCGCACACGAAGCUACCGAUGAUCGUGCAAACCGUCAAAGGAGAGAAAUAUUACAAUACCAGUUUCGCCGUGUACGUCGCGAGCGAGGAAGAGGAGGGUCUUUAUAAUCUGUACUUUCAUAAUUGUCCGAAUUAUAAUUACGCGCAAGUCGCGCUGGACUUUACGGUACAAAUAUCGGAGGCGAAUAGCAAAAAUUUCCUGAGCGCGGGCGAAAUGCCAUUGCCGGCUCUCUAUUUCAUGAUGGCGCUCCUAUUCUUCUUGUCGGGUUGCUUCUGGGUAUUCAUUCUUAAAAAGAGCAAGCAUCCCGUCUUCAAGAUUCACUACUUGAUGGCUGUGCUGGUGUACUUGAAAUCUUUGUCGUUGCUCUUCCAUGGGAUCAAUUAUCACUUCAUUCAGACGAAAGGAGAACACGUGGCCGCGUGGGCGAUUUUGUAUUAUAUCACGCAUUUACUGAAGGGUGCCGUACUUUUCAUUACCAUUGUCCUCGUCGGCACGGGGUGGACAUUUAUUAAACACAUCCUAGCCGACAAGGAUAAGAAACUUUUUAUGAUUGUGAUACCGUUACAAGUAUUAGCGAACGUAGCAGAAAUAAUAAUCGAGGAAAGCGAGGAGGGGGACAUCGAGCACAAGACUUGGCGAGACGUUUUUAUCCUCGUAGACUUGUUGUGCUGCGGUGCCAUCUUAUUCCCGGUAGUUUGGAGUAUCAGGCACUUGCAGGAAGCUGCGCACACGGACGGCAAGGCAGCUGUGAACUUACGCAAGCUGAUGCUUUUUAGGCAUUUCUAUAUCAUGAUAGUUUGUUAUAUUUACUUCACACGAAUCAUAGUGUACUUACUCAAGAUUACAGUACCUUUUCAAUACGAGUGGCUGGACGAGAUGUUCCGAGAAAUGGCCACGUACGUCUUUUUCGUCCUUACCGGAUAUAAAUUCCGACCAGCUUCCGCGAAUCCGUAUUUUACUUUGACGAACGACGAGACGAUCCAGGCUGACGAGGACGACGAAAUGGACGUCGUUCUCUUUUCCAGUGUUUCCGGAGGCAGCGGUAUAACCGAGGGUCUCAGCAAAGUUAGCAAAGUUCCGAAAGUCUUGAGGCCCACGUCUUCGGAUGUUCCUUCCACGCAAGAAGAGAGGGAGUGUUUGUUCAAUAAGACCGAGCCAUCUCACGAGUACGACUGAGCUGGACAAAAAUUCUUCGCAGUAUACCUAUUUCAAUAUGGAAAGCGAGGGACUCGUUUUCCCGUCUCAAGAUAUUCGGAAACAGUGCUGGCGACCGAAACAUCUGACGCGAAGAGUGUCUGGAAACGAUCGAACGAGGAGGGGAAUGCGCGGUUAAAGAUCUAUCUUCUAUUUUCUCGAGAAUGCGGAAACAGAAGCAGACCCGACAUUUUAUUUCUCUUACAUUUUCUGUUUUUAUCGACCCUCAAAUUGAUUCAGAUUUAGAUGUUUUUCAGUGAACCCAGUUUCGUAUUUAAUUCCGUCGAAGACGCUCUGUUGUUCGCCGUUUUGUACAGAAAUUUCAACAUCUUGGCUAUUUAUCUAUUUCUUUUCUCUCUCUCUCUCUCUCUCUCUCUCUCUCUCUCUCUCUCUCUUCCUCCUCCUUUUUUUCUCCAUUUUCGGUUCCAUUCUAGAAUGUAUCACGAUUUUAACUUGCGGCGCACCACGUUAACAAUAUGCCACUCUCUUCUCAAGACGUAAUUAAUCAUGGACUUUAAAGUUGAGUGUAAUCUGUAUUUAUUGGUAGAAAAUUGUAAUAGAUGUCGAAGAAAAGUAAUCUAGGAAAUGGUUCAAGGGUUCUUACGUUCCGAGAAACACGCCGUUUCGCGUUUUCAGGUUUAGAGUCGAGCGUUGAUGCAAGUCCAACGAGAGGAAAAGUUCCACGUUUUGAUACGCAUCUUGGCUGUAGUUGAUUUACCUUAGGCAUUUAGCAAAGCGAUAAAGCAUUUCUAUUUGUUUUUUUUUCCUUUUCCUCCCCAUGACACGCUCAUUUUCGUUGAACCGGAGAGCCCGCUUUGCGGCGCUUUAGUAAUUUUGUGAUAAACGGUACGCCGAGACCGGCGUACCGUAAUCCACUUUUGUAAAGCACUCCUUCAGUCUUUUACGUAGGAAUAAUUAUGGCGUCGAAAGAGACAAGUAAGAAAGGUAAUAAGUUUCUAAGCGUUUCACGUGUCCCAUUACGUAACCUCUGUCUCUGGUUACAACCAUUAUUAUUACUAUUGUACACGCGUUAUCGUAAUUAUUGUUACGUCUGUUACUAUUAAUAUUUUAUUGUAUGGAAUAAAAGGGACACCCUACAAAAUCAAGUUAAAAUAAUAAAGCAGAUAUUUUUAUGAA